CGCCGGCAGGCGAGAGUGUUCUUGUGUUAUUUAUUUAUUUAUUGCCGACUUUUAUUUUCGCUAAGAUGUUGUGCCUGUGCCUUUACGUGCCUGUUCAUAAUUCUGACCAGAUUGAAGUGGAGUAUUUUGAGUCGAAUGGAUUACCGUCCGAGCUGAAGUCUCUCAAGUCUCUGAGUGUCCUUCUGCCGUCACAAGAGUUCUCCACAUACCGAAGAUGGAGGAAGAAAAGCCUGAAAACGGAAGAGAAAGAGCAUGAUGGCCAGCUGGACUUUGAAGAGUUUGUUCACUACCUCCAAGACCAUGAGAAAGACCUGAAGCUUGUCUUUAAGAGCAUGGACAGAAAGAUUGCAGGUCAGGUGAACGCCAACGACAUUGUGAACUCUCUGCGAGAUCUUGGUGUCCACAUUUCCCUAAAGCAAGCGGAGAAAGUCCUUAAAAGCAUGGACAAAAACGGCACAAUGACUAUUGACUGGAAUGAAUGGAAGAAGUAUCCCACGCUACAGCCUGCCGAAAACAUUCCCGAAAUCAUCCUGUACUGGAAACACUCAACGAUCUUCGAUGUUGGUGAGAGUUUGAUGGUGCCAGAUGAGUUUACAGUGGAAGAGCACCUAACUGGGAUGUGGUGGAGGCAUCUGGUGUCCGGUGGAGGAGCUGGAGCUGUUUCUCGAACCUGCACCGCUCCACUUGACCGCCUUAAAGUGCUCAUGCAGGUUCAUGGUUGUCAGGGGAAAAGCAUGUGUUUAAUGAGUGGACUCACACAGAUGAUUAAAGAAGGAGGGGUUCGCUCACUAUGGAGGGGCAAUGGCAUUAAUGUCAUCAAAAUCGCACCUGAGACUGCGCUCAAGUUCAUGGCUUAUGAGCAGAUCAAGCGUGUGAUGGGCAGCAGUCAGGAGACUCUUGGCAUCUCUGAGCGUUUCGUAGCAGGUUCAUUAGCAGGAGUCAUCGCUCAGAGCACCAUCUACCCCAUGGAGGUUCUCAAAACUCGUCUGGCGUUAAGAAAGACGGGUCAAUAUAAGGGCAUCUCAGACUGUGCCAAACACAUCCUGAAGACUGAGGGGAUGUCUGCGUUUUAUAAAGGCUACGUACCCAACAUGCUGGGCAUCAUCCCGUAUGCUGGCAUCGACCUGGCAGUCUAUGAGACGUUGAAGAACACUUGGCUUCAGCGAUACGGUACUGAAAAUGCAGAUCCGGGUGUGUUUGUGCUCUUGGCGUGUGGUACAGUUUCCAGCACAUGUGGCCAGCUGGCCAGUUACCCGCUGGCGCUCAUACGGACACGCAUGCAGGCACAAGCUUCUGUUGAAGGCUCCUCUCAGGUAUCAAUGACUGGGCUCUUUAAGCAGAUCAUGAAAACCGAGGGUCCCACAGGCCUCUAUCGGGGUCUGACCCCAAACUUCCUGAAGGUCAUCCCAGCGGUCAGCAUCAGCUAUGUGGUGUACGAGCACAUCAAGUCCACAUUAGGUGUGCGGUCCAGAUGAAGAGCUUGUGAAGGGACUUAAGGACUAAAUCUCUGGGUUUUAAACCUGAAGGUGUGGAAGAUCUCAUUCUGUGAAUGUGACCGGAGGAAGACGCUGUUCGUUAACAUCUUAUUUAUUUACCGUUCCAAAUCAUUCAAAUAACCUUCAACAAGUGAAGUCAGGGACCAACCAUUUGUGUUCGUGUAUGCCUGUGUGUAUGUGCGUGCCCGCGCGUGCGUGCGUGCGAGCGCGUAUGUGCGUGCGUGCGAGCGCGUAUGUGCGUGCGUGCGAGCGCGUGCGUGCGAGCGCGCGUGUUUGUGCGUGCGUGCGAGCGCGCGUGUUUGUGCGUGCGUGCGUCCGAGAGUGUAUGUGCGAGCGCUUAUGCGUGUGUAUGCGCAUCUGAGCGCAUUCAGUGGCAUGUCUGAGCAUGUGAGUGUGUACGAGCGUGCAUUUGUGAGUGUGUGUGUGUCUAAAUAUAUAAAGUGCCACUGUGAGAAUGACUCGGGCUGUUGUGAAGUGUUUAAAGCAGUGCAACUGAAUCAACACUACAAACACACACCGUUGUGUGAAACCUCUGCAUUAUUUAACGGUGACUAAAGUUGCACAUUUUUCUAACUAACUGCUGCUUUAUAUUGACUGAAGUGAUGUAUAUUUAUAGAUUAUGAACCAGAUAUUUAUUUAUAUUGUGGCAUCUGAGAAGUUGACGUGUUACACUGCACAGUUUUUCAGUAGUUAAAUUCUGCUGCUGUCUCUUUAAUAAUCCACACACACACUGAUGUUCUUGGCUUUGUCGUGGUAUACGAGGAUGUCUGGUUGAUUUGAAGACGAAUGCACUUUAAUUGCUUUAGUCAGUCUCUAAUGUAAAGCGAUGAUGGUGGACUUUCAGCAUUGUCAGAGUGAGUGAAUGUUUUGUAAUGAGGGACCAUCUGUUCAAGGAAUAAAUGCACGUGAUUUGCAUACUGGCAGUAUUGAUUGGGGUUUGAGUACACUAAUUUCAACAAGUCUCCAUGGGGAGCUCUGGAAACUGCUUUAACAUUGUUAUUGUUAAAAAAAAAAAAAGAUUUGUUUUACUGUAUCUGCAGUUCAGUGAAAGAGGCUUCUAUUUUAGUUUAGUUUUACCUCAUUUUAAUCUGUUCUUCUGAAAUGUAAUUUAUUUUUUCAAUAAAAAAGAAUUAAUGUUCAUAGUA